UGGUUGGUUACCGUUCUAGUACUUCUUAUGGUUAUUAUUACUCAAGUAAUGUGAAAGGAGUUGCUGUGACUUAUCACAGUAAUUAUGAUAUCACGAUAGAAGGUAAGAAAAUACUCAUACAUAGAAGAAAUUUUUAUUAGUAUCUCGCCUCGGUCGCAUUUGCUUUCAGUUUGAAUCUACCAACGGACCAGAGAGGUUUUUCGGGUACUCCGGUUUCCUCUUGUAGUUUUAGACCAAUAAGGUGUGGACUUUUAGGGACAGCAGUUUAGACACUGCUAAUUGGGCAUACAACAUAAGCGGCCGUGUUGUAUCGGAUAUACAAACUUGAGCUGAAGUAAAUGGCUUGUGAAAUGUCUUGAUGAGAACGUUCGUAUUCUUCAUUGAUAUUUGGUGAGAAAAUUGUUCUGUAUCAGAUAUACAAACUCCUUCACACUCAUGAUUUCUUCACAUGAAUUAUUAAUGAGUUUCACAAUCAAAUUUCUAGUGAUGAUAGCAGUUUAUGAAGUUCAGUUGUAUUCUGUAUAUUUGAUGAUAUAAACAGAGCCUGAAAUAACGGCCGCGGCGGCCGGCGGUUUUCCGACCAAAUUCCGAUUUUUCCGAUCAAAUGCUGAAAUGAUCGGAAAUUUUGUCCGGCCAAAUUUUGAGAAAAAGAAAAAUGUUUUCUUAAUGAUCGGGUCGGCGCUCAGCACAGUGAGUACCAUCUGUAAGUUUGGAUUAUCUAUAUUAGGCUAAUAUAAAGUAAUCAACUGGAAAGUAUAGUUCACGAGCCCAAUAAACAAGAUGGUGGUUUACAGCGUGGUGUUGUCGGGUCAAGAUAAAAACAGUGUCGGCGGGCGUGAUUAAAUUAUUAUUCACUAUAACUUGGUCAAACUAAACUAAAAAAAAUUCCGGUCAAUUUUGCAAAUUUCCGGUCAAAUUUCGUUUUGAUCGGAAGUUUUUCCGGACAAAUUUUAAAAUUAUUUCAGGCUCUGUAUAAAUCACUAAUUAUUUUCCAUUUUAGGUCCAGUUUAUCCAGAUGAAGGCAACCAAAUUGUUAUCUAUGCUAUUGGCACUGCCCGAGCAGAUAUUACUUUCAAAUAUACUCCAGCAUAA